AUGGCACGCGGGUGUGAUGCGUCGCCUCAAACUCACUCCAAGUCGUGUGGCGACGGGACGAUAGGGAAUACGCUUGACAGUGAGCAGUACGGUGAGGAACAAAUCGAACCACCUGACCUAAGUGUUCGACCCAAACCUCCUCCAGCUACUACCUCUGAAGCUCCAUCGGCUUACCUUUACAAGACUCCAUCCAACACCCAACCCAAUUCAUCCGACACCAAUGCAAACCUCCUCUUUCCCAUCCUACUGCAACCACUAGGAACCCAUGUACAGACGCAUCUGACUAAGUUCCAUGAAUUUGCAGUGAAAGUGUGCAAGCAAAUCGACUCAAAAAUUCACGAUUUCGCCGCAACUCGCGACACUCAACAUGCCUCAACUUUUUCAGUCCAAUACUCCAUCGACGACUGCACCUUCGAGUCGACUUCGAUACCUGGAACGAGGAAACGAAAAUUUAGGCGUUUCUCAGACGAUCAAAUUUGGGAGCUGGAAAAUCGGUAUUUUACAAAUAACAAAAUCUCUCUUAGCGAAGCAUUUAACGACAGACAGUCAAUUUGCGGCGAGGCUUGCCGUGUCAAUUCAAUAGCUAGGUUCGUCUAA